CACUUUUCUUACUGCUAUAUUAUACGCAGACACGCCAUUACUAGUGACUAAUGCUUAGAGCUUUACCCCGCAUCUCGCCUUCAAAGCACAUUCAAGCCGCUUUAAAACCAAAGUUUAUUCCUAUUUCAGUACAGAAGAAGCUACUACACACCGACCACGAAGAAAACAAGUAUGUCAAGAUUGUCGAAGUUGGUCCUCGCGACGGUCUACAGAACGAAAAGCAGCUUAUUCCUGUUCAGACAAAAGUGAAAUUGAUCGAGUUAUUGGCUCAGGCCGGCCUACCAGUGGUUGAGACAACCAGCUUUGUAAAUCCCAAAUGGGUACCUCAGAUGGGCGAUAACCAUGAUGUAUUCACAACUAUUCAGAAAAAGGCAAAUGUCAGUUACCCAGUUCUCACGCCUAACCUUCAAGGCCUAAAGGGUGCUCUCAAAGCUGGUGCUCAGGAAGUGGCUGUGUUUGUAGCAGUUACAGAAUCGUUUAACCGCAAAAAUACAAACUGUUCAACAGAAGAAUCUCUCCAGCGUGCAGGACAAGUUAUCAAAGAAGCCCUUGAUAAUGGAUUGCAGGUUAGAGGAUAUCUCUCUUGUGUUCUUGGCUGUCCUUAUGAAGGGCCAGUUGAGCCAGAACUUGUGGCCACCAUGGCAAAGAAACUUUAUGAUGCUGGAUGUUACGAAAUCAGUUUGGGUGACACAAUUGGAACCGGAACACCCGGUUCAAUGAACAAACUUCUCACGCAAGUUCUCAAGGUUGUUCCUGCUAACAGAGUAGCAGUACACUGCCACGACACAUAUGGCCAGGCAUUGGCAAACAUCUCAAAAGCAUUGGACCAUGGAGUUCGGGUUGUAGACAGUUCUGUAUCUGGUCUUGGCGGAUGUCCUUAUGCACCCGGAGCAAAGGGUAAUGUGGCAACAGAAGAUGUUGUGUAUAUGUUGAAUGGAAUGGGAUUAGAAACAAACGUAGAUUUGGAUGCUUUGAUUGAUAUUGGUCAGUGGAUCUCCAAUGAACUUGGACGUGAUACAGGCUCCAGAGCAGGUGCUGCUUUACUAGCAGCCAAAAGAGCUAAGCUUCUGCGAGCCAAAUUAUAAUUGGUGUCCAGGCACUUUAUUAAGAAUAAAAUAUAAUAAAAACUAUAUAUAAAAGUAAGAAUGAUUAUUAUAUUAUUAGUGUCUUCUUGACUGUGUAUUAGUAUACAUAUAUGUAUAGAUAGGUAGAUAUAUAAGGUUUAUAGAUGAUUAUAUAGAGUGUAAGUAAAGAAUUAGGUUUGUAGUAUUAAGAAGAAAGGAAGAAGAGUAAGUAAGAGUAUUUAGAAGAGUGGCAGGAGGGAGGGGUCUUUUGGUUUGUUUGUUUGUUUGCUUGAUUUAGCUGUAAGAAAGAACUGUGUUGAAGCAGUAAUCCCAAAACUUUGAAGUGAUACCAUAUCCAGCCUCAAAGUCUUUGUAGUGGUGAGCAAGAUGAUACUUUUUCAUUUCUCGAAGGUAAGCAGUGGCAAUCUUUGCAUGGUGCAAGUAGUAGUGUGUGAUAUCAUACAGCACAUAGCCAAAGAAGGCUCCUGCGAUAAUUGCAUGGGCUAUACCAAUUGGAAACAGUGCAUAUCCAAGCGAAACAAAUGGGGUUGCCAGAACGAUAAAGAGGGCUGGUGGAACAACUAAUCUUAGCCUGUCCAUUGGCAAAUAAUGAUGGAAACCAUGCAAAGCAAAGUGUAAAAGAUAUGCGAUCUGGUGUUCAGGAAGAAGAUCAUCGAGAUGGAAGAGGAAUCGGUGAAGGAUAUACUCCAGUAUGGUCCAGAGAAACACACCCAAGGCAAAGAAUGAGAAGGUUUGGGCUGGUCUAAGAUAGAUCAAUGAUCUGCUGAGUUGAUAACCUACGUAGGGGAACCAAAUCAUAGGCACCAUGUACCAGGCUGUCUUUGUGAACGGUUCGAGGAGUGGGUGGCCAAAGAAGAUGGCAGGAUGAGGAAGGUAACGAGGUUUGUGGACUUGCUCGAGAUAGAAUUCCUUUGUAAAGUUUGCCUUGAGCAUCUGCGGAAUUAAGGCCUUGCGAAGAUCCAGGAACUGAUUCGCCUUUAUGUCGGUGGUGAUAUUGGUUACUGCUGGCUCGAAAUCAUCCUUGCCAAAUGUCUCGAAUUCUUCUUCUUGUUUCAAAAGCUCGAUUCUUUUGCGGUGAAGUCGAGCUCUCUCGCCAUCAAAGUGACGGACAGGCUCCUCAGAGACCUGGCCGAUGAGAUACUCUUCAAAUAUCUCGUAGGCAGACUCGGAAUGUUCAUGUUCGUCCUUGUCUUUCAUUAUUGCCGUGACAUCUUUGCCUCCGUAUUUUAAAAUAAGAUCAUCGCCGCCAGGAUGGUCCAUGAUAAAAGGAGACACAUCAUAGACCUUGUUGUUAUAGAUAACCCAGCAAUCCUUUGCCUUUGUAUGUUUUUUGAUCUCUGCAAGUGUAUACAGUUUUGAAGUCAUGACAAUAUAUGCGCG